GUCGGCCAUGUUUUGCACAACAACAUCACGUCGCAUAGUAAACGUCAACUAUUCGUUUACGAAUUUCAGGAAAUAUCUAAAUAUUCGCCUUUAUUAAAUCCAUUUGUUUUUAUUUUGCAAAUCUAUUAAAUGUUAAAAUGAAUCGAUCUGAGGGGUUGGUGCAACGAAGAAACGUUAACGUUAUUAAGGACAAUGCAGAAUUAAAGGAACACCACGACGUCGAUGAUAAGAAAAAUGAUAAAACUUAUGAUGACGGGGAUUCAAAGGAAACACGAUUGACACUAAUGGAAGAAGUAUUACUUUUAGGACUAAAGGACAAAGAGGGUUACACAUCAUUUUGGAAUGAUUGCAUAUCCAGCGGCUUAAGAGGAUGUAUUUUAAUUGAACUUGGUCUGAGAGGCCGCGUAGAAUUAGAAAGAGCUGGUAUGCGUAGAAAGGGAUUGUUAUCUAGAAAAGUAAUAGUUAAAUCAGAUACACCAACAGGUGAUGUAUUGCUAGAUGAGGCCUUGAAACACAUGAAAGAAACCGAACCACCGGAAACAGUUCAAAGCUGGAUAGAGUAUCUUAGUGGUGAGACAUGGAAUCCAAUGAAACUUAAAUAUCAAUUGAAAAAUGUUCGUGAAAGGCUGGCAAAAAAUCUUGUUGAAAAAGGAGUGCUAACAACAGAAAAGCAAAACUUUUUGUUGUUUGAUAUGACCACACACCCUUUGACUGAUAAUGUGGUCAAAUGUCGCUUGGUUAAAAAGGUACAAGAAGCAGCCCUUAGGCGCUCAAUCACUGACGUCGCUCAUGCGGAUAAACGAUCUCUUGCGCUACUGAUGCUCGCCCACUCAGGUGAUGUAUUGGAAAACGCGUUCGCGCCUCUCUCAGACGAAGACUAUGAGCUAGCGACGCGACGCGUGCGCGCACUUUUAGAUCUAGACUUCGAAGCUGAAGCCAUGCGACCAGAUGCCUGCGAAAUUAUGUGGGCGGUGUUCGCGGCAUUCACUAAAUAGCGGUAACUCGUGUCGUCAUCACUGUUGGCAACUAGAAAAUGGUAAAAUUUACGUUGAGUUUAACUUAGUACUUUAUAGCCCAUUUACUUUAAACCUAAAAUAAAUAUAAGUUAAUAUUGUCAUUUAAUUUGUUUCUAUCAAAAGUUAACAAUAAUUGACACUAAUUUAUAGGCCAUUGCAAUUUGAUAAUGAUGAUUCCCAGGGGAAUAAUUAUACUGCAGUGUGUUACAGAUGAAAUGAACUUGUACAAAAUCAAUAUAUUUAUUAUCUAUAUUAUUUUAUUAUAACCAGUAUUAAAUUAUUUCAUUUGGGUCAUUCGAAACAUUUUAUCGGUGAUAUUCGGAGUAGUUUAUUUAAAUAGCAUAUUAUUGCUACUUGUAACAUUCUUAGUCAUUCAUAACAUUGUCAUAUGAUUUUACUUGAUUUAAGCAUAGUUUCUAAAUUUAUUUUAUCUGAUACUAUAUACCUACGGCAUUAUAGCACAAAUGGAAACCUAACUAAUUUGAUGUUUAAAAUAAAUUUUGAAGAUUUUUAAGUUUGUACAGCUGGAUAAAAGUACACAAAACAAUAUGAAACCGACCAACGUAUCUUACCAACAGCCUUUGUUAAUGUAGUUGGAAAUAAAUUAUUUCAUGACUAAGCACCUAGAUUAUGGGAGGGAGGGCGGAAUGCGUAUUCAACCUGUUUUCUUGGGGACUUCUUAACUGUGAACCCGGCGACUUAUAAGGCUGUAAAUUAUAUGUGUCUGUUAUCCUACUGUACCAGUUGACAAAUGCUUACUUAUUAUUUUUAACAGUAAAUAUUACGUUAUAUAAAACUGUUUAAAAAUUUUAGUUGAUUUCUGUAUAUGUAUGUUGAUCUGCUUUUCAAUAAUUUGAAACUGUUUAUUGUGUGUUUAUAAUCCUUAUUAAAAGUGAAGCUCUUAAUUGGUGUUACAAGAUUGUUUAUAAAGUUUAUAUUGAUGUUAUUUUUUUUUUUAUAAAUUGUGUGUGUGUCUUUUUCACAAUAUUUUAUUGCGCACGAACCAUGGUAUGAACGCGAAAAUUUGGUAAGAUGUUAUAACAUGACGUGAAUGUAUGUGUGGGAGAAAUCUUUCAAAAUUAUAUCAUGUUAUUUAAUCUAUGGUAAUUUUAUAAGUCUUUUAUGAAAAGGAAAUUAUUGUUUUGUUCUCAAGCAGUUUACUUAGUGUGUCCAAUAAUGUCGAUGUAUUGAAUUUAACAGCUGGGUUUAUUAUACAAAUAAACGUUUUGAUUGUCAAAUAGCUACGCAAAUAAUGAGAUUUUAUAGCCCAGUACUACUUUAAGAUAGUUGGUUUGAUUAUCAUUAUUUUUAAUAUAAAGUUAGUUCAUAAUGUCAGUAAAAUACACGAGUAAAGGGUAUAUCUAAUAUACAGUGUGUCAUCAAUAAAUAGGACUGUUAUUUACAAUAUUGUUAAUGACAAGCUUAUUGUGAUUAAAUUGCCUGUUUCAUCUGAAUCGGAACACGACAGCACCGUUUUGAAAAAAAUACAAGAAAAUCAAUAAAUAUAAUUACUGUGUUGUCAUUUUAGUUAGGUAAUUUAUAAGUAGACGUAACACUAAUCACUUCAUUAUGAUUAUGUUCUAUUUGUUACAUGGACUAUGUAUUUUACAUACGAUCCUUAUUCUUAGCACCUAAGUUACUACUAGAUUUUGGGUUUGUAUAUAAUUACGGUAUUAUUUUGGUUUGUAAAUAACCAUAAAGCCGCGACUAUUAAAGUAAUAAAUUCAAAAGUGAUGGAGACAUGUAAAAAAAUAAGAUAAAAAACUAUGUAUCAUACACGUACUAUAGUAUUUAAAAUUACUCAAAUAUAUUCCUUAGUAAAUAA